AUGGAUCACGAUAUAUAUUAUGAUGAUGAUAGCUUAAACGAUACUAUUUGCAAAAGACGUCGUGCCCUUCCUGAAGACGAAGAAGAUGAUAAUUUUUUUGAGUUUUUGGAUGAGAGCGACGACGAAAAUCCCGAAGACAUGGAUUACUAUGGUCAAAUCAACUUGGUAAAACUAAAGAGUUUACGAGAACGGUUGAAUUGGGAGAACGAAGAAGAGAGAUAUCCAUUUUACCUACGCCUUUCAAACCUGUUGCGAGAUUGGAAAGGCGACCUUCCGAAUCUCAAAGACAUUUUUCGAAAGGAAGAAAUCGAAUGGUUUCUUAUGGAGACAUUAAUCGACAGAAAGAAAACCGUUCAAAAUAAGCGAGGACAAUUUUUCAUCUGCUUUGUGGACUCCACCGGUUACAAGGACGAGCCCGACCUAGAUAAAGACGGCAAGCCAAUACUGCAUCGCUCCACAUCAGUGCACUUGGCAGCCAAGCAGAAUUCGUUAGGUUAUACUGUUCUUCUAUCAAAAAUAUACGAAAAUUCUGACGUGAAUUACAUCGACGAAUCUGGAUUCACGUAUUUUCACGCGCUCUGUAAGAUUAACCGUUGCGAGAAAGUCGAGAAAUUCCUCGAGCUCGGACAGGAUCCCAAUUGCCUUGUGACAGAAACAGGCGACUCGCCACUACACUUGGCUCUGUAUCCGGGUUUGUGGGCCAAGGAGAUGAUGGGACUACUGCUGAAGAGAGGCGCCAAUCUGAAUUUAGCCAAUAAGGAGGGAUUGACACCUUUGCACAUGAUUUGCAAGAGUUGGAAUUUUCGCACGUAG